AAUGAAGUAAAAAAAAAAAAAGGUUUCACUUUCAGCUAUGGCGAUUUCGCCUUCCUAAUUUAGCGCGGCCUACUCACUAGUCUUCUCUGCGGUCUCCGCGUUGCUUCUGUUUCGUUUCCAGUAUCGAUUUCGUUGAUUGAGGACCUCACUGUUGAAUUAGGGCUUUUGCGAAAAAUGGGGUCAGAGGGAAACAUGAAGAACUCGGUUGUGACACAAGUAAGCAUUGGUGGAUUUGGUGAGUCCACUACUGCUAAACAACUUACAGAUUACCUCGAAGACGAAGUAGGACUUGUUUGGCGAUGCAGAUUAAAGAACUCUUGGACUCCCCCUGGGUCUUACCCUAAUUUCGAAAUCGCAGACACUUCAAAAAUCCCCAAAAUCGAUGAUUACAAGAAAGUGGAGCCUCAUGCGUUUGUCCAUUUCGCUAUUCCCGAAUCAACAGAACGUGCCAUGGAUGCUGCAGGGCAAUGCAAGCUCAUCCUCGAUGGGCAGCCGUUAAAAGUCAGCUUGGGUCCUAAGAACCCAUAUACACUUAACCAGAGAAGAAGAACGACUACACCUUAUAAGUUGACUGGUGUUUCGAUUGAGAUUGGGACUUUGGUUUCCCGGGAUGAGUUUCUUGUUUCAUGGAGAGCUGAAGGGGUUGAUUUCCUUGUAGAUCCUUUUGACAACACUUGCAAGUUUUGCUUCAGGAAGAGCACUGCGUUCUCUUUCAAGGACGCAGUGAUGCAUGCUGUGAUAAAUUGUGAUUAUAAGUUGGAGUUGUUGGUGAGAGACAUAAGAACAGUAAGGCAGUAUAAGAAUUUGCAUGGCUUUGUGCUUCUUUUGCAGCUGGCUUCGUCACCCCGUGUCUGGUACAGAACUGCUGAUGAUGAUAUUUACGAGACUGUUCCUUUUGAUCUCUUGGAUGAUGAUGACCCUUGGAUCCGUACCACUGAUUUUACACAAGUUGGGGCGAUCGGUCGAUGUCUUUCUUAUCGAGUGCUCAUAUCUCCUCGGUAUGAGAAGAAGUUGACAACGGCAUUAGAUUAUCUAAGGAUGCGGAGGGUGCAAGAGGAACGUGUGAGGUGGCCUCCUCGGAUCCGUGAUGAGCCUUGUUUUGGGGAGCCUGUGUCAGAUCAUUUCUUCUGCAUUCAUCACAAGGAAGGAAUCUCCUUUGAGAUCAUGUUCCUAGUAAACUCGGUAUUGCACAGAGGGGUUUUUAACCAGUUUCAGUUGACUGAGCGUUUCUUUGAUCUUCUCAGAAACCAACCCAGAGAUGUCAAUAUAGCUUCUCUCAAGCAUCUCUGUACCUAUAAAAAACCAGUUUUUGAUGCGUACAAGAGGUUGAAGCUUGUUCAGGAAUGGAUUCAGAAAAAUCCAAAGCUUUUAGGGAGUCAUGAACAAUCUGAGGAUAUCUCUGAGAUCAGAAGGUUAGUUAUUACCCCAACCAGAGCCCAUUGCCUACCCCCAGAAGUUGAGCUCUCCAACAGGGUUCUCAGGAAAUACAAAGCUGUUGCUGAAAGAUUUUUGCGCGUAACUUUCAUGGAUGAAAGUAUGCAGACUAUAAAUUCUAAUGUUCUCUCUUACUUUGUUGCUCCUAUUGUGAAGGAUCUGACAUCAAGCUCUUUCUCUCAGAAGACUUACGUUUUCAAAAGAGUGAAGAGCAUAUUAACCGAUGGGUUUAAACUAUGUGGUAGAAAAUAUAGUUUUCUAGCAUUCUCCGCCAAUCAACUGAGAGACCGCUCUGCAUGGUUCUUUGCUGAAGAUGGGAAAACAAGAGUGUCAGAUAUAAAAACAUGGAUGGGGAAGUUCAAAGACAAGAAUGUGGCAAAAUGUGCUGCUAGGAUGGGACUGUGCUUCUCCUCCACAUAUGCCACUGUAGAUGUCAUGCUUCACGAGGUUGACACCGAGCUUCCAGACAUUGAGAGAAAUGGGUAUGUUUUCUCUGAUGGAAUUGGUACAAUCACACCUGACCUCGCUGACGAAGUAAUGGAGAAACUUAGGUUGGAUGUGCACUACACCCCUUGUGCUUAUCAGAUACGUUACGCAGGUUUCAAAGGAGUUGUUGCUCGUUGGCCAUCAAAAGGUGAUGGAAUCCGGCUAGCUCUUCGAGACAGUAUGAAGAAGUUCAAUUCCAAACAUACUAUCUUGGAGAUCUGUUCCUGGACGAGGUUUCAACCUGGAUUCUUAAAUCGGCAGAUAAUUACUCUCCUUUCUGUACUAGGUGUUCCGGAUGAAAUAUUCUGGGAUAUGCAGGAAUCCAUGCUCUGUAAACUGAACCGCAUCCUUGAUGAUACAGAUGUUGCAUUUGAAGUUCUCACAGCAUCAUGUGCUGAACAGGGAAACACUGCAGCUAUCAUGCUAAGUGCAGGUUUCAAACCAAAAACUGAGCCACAUCUACGUGGAAUGUUGUCUUCAGUCAGAAUUGCACAACUCUGGGGUCUCAGAGAAAAAUCACGUAUUUUUGUUACUUCAGGAAGGUGGCUAAUGGGUUGCCUUGACGAAGCAGGGAUACUUGAACAGGGCCAAUGCUUUAUCCAAGUCUCAAAACCGUCUANUAAAUUGUGA